AUGAAUCGAAGACCAGUUAAAAGGCAUUUAUCGGUACAGAGAUUUAGUCAUAUCUCGUCUGCAGAAAGGAAACUCCUACCUAGAUCUUGUAAGAAGAAUGUGCUGUGCUUAGUCGUUCAGUCGUGUCCAACUCUUUGCAACCCCAUGGACUGCAGCCCGUCAGGCUCCUCUGUCCGUGGGGAUUCUCCCGGCAAGAAUACUGGAGAGGGCCCUCCUCCAGGAGAUCUUCCCAACACAGAGAUCGAACCCAGGUCUCCUGCAUCGCAGGUGGGUUCUUUACCAGCUGAGCCACCGGGGAAGCCCUGUAAGAAGAACAGAGCAACCAAAAUCAGCCCGGGGACUCCUGGUGGUCCAGGGGCUGAGACUUCAAGCUCUCAGGGCAGGGGGCCUGGGUUCCACCCCUGGCUGGGGAAAGAGAUCCCACAUGUCACAACUAAGACCCAGCACAGCCAAAUAAAUACUGAGAACAACAACAGUAGGCCUGGAUAG